AUGCUAAGAUCAAGACGUCCACACCGCUCUUCUAGCGACUCAAACUCGUCCUCCACUUCAACCUCCCCCGAACGUGGCAUUGACGACGACAAUGACUCCUUCACGCUGCAAGCGAAUGACUCAACAUCAUCUGUCGCACUUUCGAUAUCACAAGAUUUGAGCGAUCUAGAAAUGGAGCGUCAGAUGGCUGAACGAUACAGAUUGUCACCAGUGUCGCGCCUACCUGCUGAACUCAUGAUCGCCAUCUUCUCCAAGCUGGCUUCUGCUGGGGACCUGAAAUCAUGCAUGCUGGUUUCAAAGGACUGGGCUAGGAAUAGUGUCGCCUUGCUUUGGCACAGACCUCAGACGAACAAAUGGCAAAGUGUCAACACUGUCGCCAAAUCUGUCAAUACUACAAACAGUUACUUCGACUAUGCCAAUCUAAUACGUAGACUGAACCUGUCGACUCUCGCUCACGAAGUUACCGACGGAACUCUUUGGCCUCUCUCGUCUUGCAAAAGGAUCGAACGACUGACGCUAACACAAUGUUCUUCGGUCACGGACCAAAGUCUUGUCAGAAUGAUUGAUGGUAACAGGAGCUUGCUAGCUCUUGACGUGACUGGCCUUUACCAGAUAACAGACCGGACCAUGUCGACAGUCGCAGCAAAUUGUAUACGGCUUCAAGGGCUGAACGUCACAAAUUGCAAGAAGCUCACGGACGCUUCUUUGCAGGAAGUCGCGCGGAACUGUCGCCAUGUGAAGAGACUGAAAUUUAACGGAUGCUCCCAGCUUACAGACAAAUCUAUCCUGACAUUUGCCGAAAAUUGUCACCAGAUAUUAGAGAUCGACUUGCAUGGCUGCAACCUUCUUGAGGACGAUUCGGUUACAGCGCUCAUUACAGAAGGACCACACCUACGCGAACUGCGACUGGCUCACUGCUCACGCAUCACCGACCUAGCAUUUUUGAGGCUUCCUAUCGAGGCGACUUACGAAAGCCUCCGUAUACUAGAUCUUACCGACUGUGGCGAACUUCAGGAUGCUGGUGUUGCGCGAAUCAUUGCUGCAGCCCCACGUCUUCGUAAUCUGGUCGUCAACAAGUGUCGACAUCUCACAGACAGAGCCAUCAACUCCAUCAUCAAACUUGGGAAGAACCUUCACUACAUUCACUUGGGUCACUGCGCGAGGAUCACUGACGCAGGCGUUCAACAGCUAGUAAAGCAUUGCAAUCGAAUUCGUUACAUAGACUUUGCUUGCUGUACCAACUUGACCGAUAACAGCGUUCAGAGACUGGCGGACUUACCAAAACUGAAGCGUAUCGGUCUCGUAAAGUGCCAUAACAUCACAGAUCGGAGUCUGCAGGCUCUAGCAAUGAGGUCGAGGGAGUCCCAGAGGGCUGUUGUCGGCCCCAGCUCCUUAGAACGUGUGCACUUGAGCUAUUGUCUGAACCUUACGUUAGCUGGUAUCAUGUCUCUCCUUAACAGCUGUCCGCGAUUGACCCAUCUUUCGCUCACCGGCGUACAAGCUUUCCUUCGUGAGGAUCUCAUUGUAUUCUGCCGGGAAGCCCCUCCUGAAUUCAACGAUCAUCAGCGAGACGUAUUUUGUGUAUUCUCCGGACAUGGCGUUGCCCGCUUGCGCAACUAUCUCAAUGCGGAUAUCAACAUCCCGGGCACAGGCUUUGAUACUGAUGGGACGAUGUACGACGAUAAUAUUGACGACGGGGAGGAUGACGGCAUAGGUGAUGAUGAAGACGGUUUGGGCUUCGUUGGUAUGGGGCUUGACCUGAACGCACCGCCAGAUAUCGUUGUGAACAUUGGCGGAACUCCGAGUCCCCCAUCCGCAGACUCAAACACGCCCAACGAUCAGCAACAAACGCCUACGCAACCAGUCCAAAAUAUAGUAUGGCAUCCAGCACCGCCGCCACCCACUGGAUCCUGGAAUGGUAUGGGCUUGAACACCUUUAAUAGCAGCGGGAGUUCUGCGGGUCCUGCUGCGAUCGUACAAGGAGCAUCGAGCGCACCACCACCACACCCGGCCCAGCAAGUCAUCGAUAUGAUGGGAGCAGUCGAUAUGCACGAUGAGGAGAUGGACGAUGCAGGAUCUCCACGCCUAUGA